AUGCUCUACUUGGUCGGGUUAGGGUUGGGCGAUGCCAAGGAUGUGACUGUGAGAGGCCUGGAGGUGAUCAGGAGCUGUUCCCGUGUGUAUCUGGAAGCAUACACAUCUAUACUGUCUGUUGGAAAGGAAGCUCUGGUAUGACAUUUUCUGUCUGUCCGUCUUAUCUUUUAGUUUAUAUAAGUAAAGGUUCUUUACCUCUGGGUCGGAACCCAAAAUUGGUUCCACAUGCUAUUGUCAAUAGUAGUAGGUCCCUGUUGGAUCUAGGGUUCUUUGAUUCUCUGGACACACAUUCUAUGUACAGGCUAAUAUUCAGCAAAUAAAAAGUACAGUAUGUAGAAUUCAAAUGCUGCAGGAGUGAAAUCAAAUUGACACGCUAACCACAGCAACUUAUUGUAGUGUUUAUGGUGCUAUACAUCUGUGGGUUUCUUCAGCAGUUUUCUGUCAAAUAGUUCUCUUGCAACAAAAACAGGACUCGCCUAGCCAACUGUUUGAUGAAAGCACUGGCAGCUUGUAGAGAGGCGUGUUAUAUAGAAUCCUGUAUUUUAUUUAGUUUUUUGUCAAACUGCACCAAAAUGUUUUGACAGAAAAUGAGGCUUGAAGUAGCACCCAACGACCUAUGGCACCAUAACCAGCGGUGAACUACCAGGGUUGGUAUUGUGACCUGGUCCUUUAGUUACGCCUCCCAGAGUGAAGGAGGACUAGCAUCGCAAAAGUGUUAAUUUGUAUAUGGGCAAUAAAUCUCAUGCCAGGCUGCAGACUCCCAUCACAGAACUGUUCUAUUGUAUUUUGGCAAUAAAUUAAAUAACUUCAGGGUGGUGGACUGAAUAGUCGGACUCUCAGGCUCAUGCAGAAUCCUCCAUACAUCCUGCCCUAACAUGAUUAUGACCACUGCUAAAGCUUUCCGCUGUGCGUGGCUGCAACUGGUUGACAUCUUUAUAGCACUGUACAUAGAGUCCCAGGUAGGGAGUGCUGGGGGCCAACAGAGAACUGUAUGCUGUGGCUGGCUUCCAGGAAGAGCUCAAGCCGCAUCUUGCUUUGUGGAUUUAAUUGAGAAUCAAGCUCUUCCUGGUCUCCAUCAAAAUGGUCCCACUGAAGAUCAAUGCUAACUUGAGCACAUGUAGGACAGAGCAUGGAAAGGGGCAUUUCCACAUAUUGCAUCCAGAGGGGGGAGAUUCUGUAAGUCCUGGUGUGGGGAUGAGGGGGUAUUGCUCUCUAUCCCUGCAUUGCUAUUUGCAUGCUGAUUGGCCCUAGACCCCCUUAUUGAUUUCAUUUUGGGAUUGCUUUUCUAUGGAGUAGCCUUUUUGUGUCCCCUAGGUCACAGUGUGUGGUACAUGAUAAGUAAUAAACUGCAGCUUUGUCAUUUCACAAAACAAAAUUGAGUUUCAUUUAUUAAAGGUAGAAUCUUUAUAAAAUCCAUUGAAAAUUCCAAAGCAGACAAAAUAGCAACUAAUACUCCUCCUCCAGCAAUGGCUGCAGAAAUCAAGCUGAUCCUUGAAGAUUGAAAUAUUUAGUCUAUGCAGUCUUACAGGAUCCUCCAGAGACAUCACUGUUGUAUGUUCGCGGCUCCUCGUAGAUGAAGUGCCAGGAGCUAAAGACAGACGGUGCCUGCGAGAGACCGCUUCAGUUAAGCAUUACUUACCUUCACUACACCCCAAGCAGAAUUUCAACAUAGGGAUAGGGCAACUUCAAUUGGGUAACUAAAGGAAAACUCAAAGCACUAUGACGACUACAGCUUGUCGUCAUGGUUCCAGGAAUGCUCUUGUGUGUCCCCAUAGUAAGUAGUCUGUUACCGGCCUCCACUACUAACACUGGAGAGAUGGGAAUUACUAUACAGGAACUUCCUUUAGCUAGCUUGUACUAAGCCCUUCAUUGCCUGAAAGCAAUCAAUUUAUGCUUAGUGAGGAGGGACAACCACUAGAGGGCCUUUCUUUAAAUCUUGCACUCGGGCCCAUUUUUUCCUAGUUAUGCCCCUAACCAUAACCACUAUUACUGUGUGUAGAAAAAUGGUUUAACUCCUUAGAAAGUGGGGCACCGGGUGCUCUGACACCAUAACAACUACAGUGAGUAGUCAUUAUGGUGCCUGGAGUGUUUAACUGCUUUCCCUCCAGCAGAUUAAGAAUUUCACAUUGUAAGGCAUCACCUUUUAUUUAAUAUCACAUUGAAUUAGGAAAACAUGGUGGUAUUGGCAAACCUAAUUAAAGGAACACUUCAAGCACUGUAACCACCUCAGUCCCCUGGCUUGCUAAUAAUGCCCCAAUAUGGCCAGAGGUGGAGUCACACCUCUGGCAGCAUAAGUGUUUAAUUUUUGCAUGUGCAGAGUUAAAGGGACACUCCAGUGCCCAAAUGCAAAAAAGAUAAAAAUCACUGCUUAGUAGAUAUAUUCUAGGUGAAAACUUGCGUGCCUUAAAUCAUGCAUUUUUUAUUGGGAAGAUAACUAAAAUCAGCAGGAAAAACCUGAAGGUCUCUUGUCUGCUGCAUUUGCAAGCUCUUCCCUUCCAACCCCUCCCAGACUCUCUGUGGCUGGCCAAUCACAGACUUCUCAAUCCAGCUCAAUGAGAAGUAUUUGCAAGGCAGGUGCUCUGGGUAAUUGCUGCCUCUUAAAGGAACACUAUAGUCACCUAAAUUACUUUAGCUAAAUAAAGCAGUUUUAGUGUAUAGAUCAUUCCCCUGCAAUUUCACUGCUCAAUUCACUGUGAUUUAGGAGUUAAAUCACUUUGUUUCUGUUUAUGCAGCCCUAGUCACACCUCCCCUGGCUAUGAUUGACAGAGCCUGCAUGAAAAAAAAAACUGGUUUCACUUUCAUACAGAUGUAAUUUACCUUAAAUAAUUGUAUCUCAAUCUCUAAAUUGAACUUUAAUCACAUACAGGAGGCUCUUGCAGGGUCUAGCAAGCUAUUAACAUAGCUGGGUUAUAAGAAAAUCUUAAUUAAACAGAACUUGCAAUAAUAAAGCCUAAAUAGGGCUCUCUUUGCAGGAAGUGUUUAUGGAAGGCUGUGCAAGUCACAUGCAGGGAGGUGUGACUAGGGUUCAUAAACAAAGGGAUUUAACUCCUAAAUGGCAGAGGAUUGAGCAGUGAGGCUACAGGGGCAUGUUCUAUACACCAAAACUGCUUCAUUAAGCUAAAGUUGUUCAGGUGACUAUAGUGUCCCUUUAAGGUCAGUUGCUUGAAAGCCAAGGGGGUUUAACUGGGUUAAUUUAUAAAAGUGUCCAUUUCUUUUGAAAUCUGCACUUUUUGCAAAAUGAAAAAAAGGGACACACUCUUCACUCACACAGUUUUUCAGCAAUCUAAAGUUUUUUUAGGCAUCUGGAGUGACCCUUUAAAUGUUGAGUUCCUGCACAUCCAGAUUCCAGGCACCAUGCCCACUCGAAAUCACUGUUAUAGCACAUAACCAGGACCAGCUACUCUGUAAGAAAAAAAAAUGGAGCUGUAGAGAAAAAUCUGAACUUGAAUGGUCCCCCUUCUGUCUUCUGAACAAAUAUAACCAAGGGAAUGGCAUAAUAGAACAGUUUUCUUUAAUUUUGUAUCAGUAGGUAAGUAUCUUGUAAACACUGAACAUAUUUAUCAUAUUUAUCUUAUUUUUCCCCUGCCUUCCAUGAUAAUAGUGAAUAAUCAAUAUGUUUUUCUUUUGCUAAUAUAUAUAUAUUUUUUAUUUUUUUUAAAGUACCAGUUUUCACUUGUGUGUAUGUUUAUAGUCUUUUUAUUCUGUCAUACAGACAUGUACAUACUAUUCCAAUUAUCACGUUAUGUUACUGUAUAGUAUGAUAACUGUACCAGUUCUUGGUAGUAUGAAUCAGCCUGCUAUGCUAUACAUAUUGAUCAGGUUUAAUGGGCCAUUUGGGCAGAAAAAUCCAGACUUUGUGUUUAGGUUUUAUUUUGGUGAAAUGUCAAAUAAGAGGUACACAACAGAGCACAAUGAGCUCAGGAAACAGAGCGCUGUAGUAGUUUGUUCAUACAUCAUGAAACAAAGCUAACAGCAGCAGUAAACCAACAAUGUGGCCAAAUAGCGAUAGAGGAAAACUGAAUUACCCAAAAAUCUAAAUUAAAUAACCUGUUACCUCUGUGCUGCUGACAUUGCUCCCUGUUGGUCAAGGCAAGGUCAAAUAUAAGUAAAAACAGAAAUGAAUGCAGCACAACUUGAUGUCAAAUGUGCACACUGAGCGCUACAUACAAUUUGUUUGAAGUACCAAAAAGAAACAAUCCUUUCGGGCUUGUCAGUGCUAACAUUAUCGGCAUUCUAAAGAGUGAUCUAUGGAAAAGCAUAGAAGAGCAGCAGAUGCUCCCUCUCAGGACAAAGUAAUGCAAAAGAUGUACCAAAAAUUCACAUUUUGUAAAAAAGGAGAAAGAGGCUAAUGCAAUAUGAGUGAAGGCAAAAACUUAGUGACACACAGAAAAGUCAGAGCUAGCCUCACACAUAUGGUAUGCAUUGGAUUGUGGCAAAUGCAUAGCGAUCAUAAAAAGGGGUUAUUGGUAAGCAUACAGUAAAUCAAGUGUAUAUCAUGUUGGGCACAAGAAGUACAAUGCCAAGUGAAAAAUAGUAAGUAGACUUCUAAUAAAUCAGCAGGUAUGUGUAUGCUGCAUGUACUUGGGUGACAAAGAAAUCUUCUUGUUAAACAUACUUCUGCCAAAUACUAGGCAAUGGUUAAAUUAAGGCAUGUAGGGGUAACCAAUCAAGGUACAGAAUGCAACUACUGUCAGAAUGCAAAGAGUAUAUUCACCAUUUCCUCAAAUGGCUAAAUAGAAAUCAUAUAUCAAAGAAAUACUCACACUCCUAGGUACAAUGCAAAUCAGACUUUAUUUUAUAAUAACAAUUAAAAUAUAUCCAAAUUAAUCUAUAUACACCCACCAAGGAAAUAAUAUUCCAAUAGUUAAAGGGAUCCUAUAGUGCCAGGAAAACAAAGUCGUUUUCCUGGCACGAUAGGGUUAAUAGGUAUGUGUGUGUCCCUCCCGUGGGGCUGAAGGGGUUAAAACCCCAUAAGCCACUUAUCUAAAUCCAGCGCCAAUGUCCCUCGGUGCUGGGUCAGGCUCCGCCGUCAGCCAACGGGCCAGUCCUAAUGUGCAUUAGACCUCCUGAUAGGAAAGCAUUAUUCAAUGCUUUCCAUUGGGGAAAAUCUGACGCUAGCGGUCCAUGAGGAGGUUCAGCAUCAGAUAACGGACCAAAAGUCCGUUUGGAUUCCGGAAGCGCCCACUGGAGGCAGACUUAGUGCUGCAUUGUAAACAUUGCAGUUCUCUGGAAUUGCAAUGUUGUACAUUGCAGCACUAAGUUCAAAAGGGUCACAACACCCACACUACUUCAAUGAGCUGAAGUGGUCUGAGUUCCUACAGUGUCCCUUUAAUAUAUGAUCAAGUUAUACUAUACAUAACAAUUUUCUAAUGUAGUUCAUCAAUAUAACAAAACAAAUAAUGAAAAGUAAAUUCAUCCACUGUACAAAUGUUUAAAAAAAAUAAAUCACAAAUUGCUGUACAAUAUAUUUAACUUUGUCAGUCAAAAAGAGGACAGAGAAACAACCCAACGUUUCUGCACACAUGGCCAGUGUCCAGGGUGCGGGGACAUAUGAACUAUAAAGGAAAAUAGUUAUGUAUAGUAUAACUUGAUCAUAUAUUAUUCCUUGGUGGGUGUAUAUAAAUACAUUUUGGAUAUAUUUUAAUUAUUAUGAAAUAACACUUUUAUGUAGAAUGCAAAUCAGACUUUAAGAUAAUUUACAGGAAUGUAACCAAAUCUGGGCAUUUAUAAUAGUAAAAUUCCUAAUAGGCCCAGGGGAGGACACCCAUAGUCCUGGGCUGUGGCCAUCUGACCAAGGCCUAAUAUGCAUUAAAACCAUAAAGGUGGCAGCCACAAAUGGACACUGGAAAAGGAAGAAUCACAGCACUUCUCGCAUGGGUCAGGUUGUUGACAAUGAAGGGCCACAGGCUGUUGCCAAGACAAAUAUCAGGUAGGCGGUGGGGGGGGGUAGCAUGCAUAGCUGAGUUUAUUUACAUGGAUUGGGAUAACGCACUUAACCAGAAGUGGGGGUGACUGCCAGGCCUGUUAAAGGUAGAAAGAUCCAUUUGACAUGUACAUUGCCCCGUAGGCUGGGGCCACAUCAUAUUUCAGGCUGGUCCUCAAAACCUUAAAAUUGGCCCAUGUAUGCAUCUCAAUAGGAUUGCACCACAACGACUUUUGUAUACUGCGUUUUAGACUACUUAUUGCAUGGUAGGCCUCGAGCCUAGCAACUUGUGUUUUCCAUUAGUAAACUACAAAAUAACAUGAUCAGUGCAUGUUACAAAGAAUACUGUCCAGCAACAGUCCAUACCUGCCUUUCAGGUAGGCAGAUUGUAAACCGUUUGGUCAGAGCUGCAGAAAAUAGGAUACUAUUUAGCUUGACCACAUUUUAGUCUGACCCAUGUUUAAAAAAUCACAACUUUUUGCCCAGACAACCAUUUUUAACCUCCCUGAUGCCUCCACCGGCCAUGCCGUGAGUGAUGGCAUAUCCAAUUAACAGUGAGCAAACUUUACGUAGAGUAGACAUGUGCAAUUCGUUUUGUUCCGAAUGUAAAUUCGGAUGCUUCCGAAUUGUCGAAAAUUCCCAACUGCCGAAUUUCGGAAGUGGCGAACCGAAGUGCUUCGGAUUUCUGAAAAGUGGCAAAACAAGAGAGGUAGGGAAAAUUACGUUAAUAAUGACAGGAAUCUAACCCCAACCCUAGAUGUGUAAGGUUUAGGGUUAGGCAUAGGGGUUCCAGCAUAUAUCCCUAGGUGGGGAUUGUUCCACCUCAGUUCUUCAUACCAGAGCAGGACAUUGCUCUGGGUGACGUAAGUAGGAUAUUUUCCUCCAUCAAUACCAAUUGUUUGUAGAUACUAUACCAUUGGAUUUCCUAUUUUGUCUUUUUUUCACAUAUACCUACUCUAUCCUGAAAACAAGCUCCAAAGACCCGCCGAGACAGCUGUAAAAAGUGUGAGUUUGCACUUAUACCCAUUUGUAUUCCCUUCACAAACAUCUGCUGUACUGCACCAUAAUAUUUUUCUUGCUUUGUACUUAUAGAUUCAUAUAAUAAGAAUAUCAUCUGUAUCGUAUGUAUAUAUAAUCUUAAGUCCUGAUUAUCACCUCCUGUCUGUUAUCUUUACUAUCCACUUCACAAGGGUGGAACGAACCCUUUGUUGGUGAUUUGCUGCUAAUUAUAGAUAUUGAGCACUUAUACUCACCAGUUUUUUCAUAUCUUAGACUUGACAGUGAUCACGAGUAUGAGUCAAUAUUCAUGGUUGGUGUGAUGGACAAGUAUGGAUAUUGUACUGAUGAUCCCCUCUGGCUUGAUGUCCUCUAUUUGGUUGUCAGUCUUGUCUUCAAGGUGGUUGCUUACACUAGAUGACACUGCUUGGUCUCUUUUAUGGCAGUAAAUGUGUCUUGAAUUGGUGUUUGAUGACUGUUUUGACAUUCUGUGGUUGAUAAUAACAAAGGGCUGUAGAGUUUUCAUUUCAUGAUGCAUUAAUUCUUUUUCAUUUCAUUUACAGGAGGAGUUUUAUGGCCGGGAGCUAAUCCUCGCUGACCGUGAAACUGUUGAACAAGAAGCAGAUGAGAUCCUUCGAGAUUCUAAAGAGAGUGAUGUAGCAUUUCUAGUGGUGGGCGACCCCUUUGGGUAAGCAUUACCUUUGGGCAAGUAGAGCCCACAGUCCAUUAUAGGGAUAUUCUAAGCAUCAUAACUAGCUAUAAUUCUUGCAUGUGGGGGGAUUCAAACCGAUAUGCCCUUACUUGUAACUCUCUUACUACGGCAUAUUGCAUAGCGACCCCUACACAGUGUAAUUUGGAAUCAGUGAAGCUGCAAAAAACAAACAAAAAAACCUGAACAGAAAAUAGAUUUUUGGUUUUCUAUUGUUUUUUUUUAACAGAAUUGUUUCCCCAAUCAAUUAGUGGCUGUAUUCUAAAAUUGCUGGGGUUUUUUUUUUUUUUUUUUUUUUUAUAAUUUUUUUAGUUAAAGUCAUUACAUUUCGUCUUUCAUACAAAAUAUUAUAGGAGAUGCAAUAGCAUAAUACAUUGCAACAUGUAUAGGCAGACUGCAAACUAGUUAUACAAAUACAUUUUGUACAUGUAAAGCUGCACAGUUACUGAGCCACCUAGUACAUCAGGGAGGUUGAAGGUUUGGGGUAUUAUACAGUUAUCAGAUGACCCACAGUUCGCCUUAUUGUUAAUAUAAUCCAGGCAUCAUUGAAUUUAGGCAUAAAUGGGAUCAAUCUAUUUGCAUAGUAGCAUCAGGAAUCGUGGGGAUUCAUUGAUUCCAUCUCUUGGGAUGUCUGGGGCAAUCUUAACACCUCAUUACCAAUCAGUCUGUAAAUAAUCUCAUUUAUAUUCUCUGUCCCUAGAGUUCUCCUUUGUCCUCAGUGUUGCUGAAGGAUGCGUCUCUUUGCAUCUUUUUCAUUUGCACAACUGCCCCUGCUAGAGCCACAUCUGCUUAAAGCCCUUAUACAUCAUGGGGAACCUGCGUCUGUCUGCAUGACCUCUCUAGGUAUCUUAGUGGCAGAUGCACAUUAAGAAGCCUAAUUAGCUUCUGCAUGUUGCGUUUAGAGUGAAUACAAGUCUGUAGUUUCUGUGUACUAUAGCUCCAGGAUACCCCUCUAUCUGUAAGGUAUAACCCACUGUUUCCAGUAUGGAUCUCUCAUUAUUUUAGCAUAGUGCUAAAAUCAUCGGGAUAGUGCUACCGAGGCUUGUCUGGUUCUUAAUAAAGUAGAUUUUUGGUUGAAUAAAUCUUUUUAAUAAUAUCUGACCAACAUUAAGCUAGGUAGUGUGAUUGUCCUUUUAUAUAGAAGUUUAAAUCUGUAACAUAUUUAUACGGCUUAUUCGAUAAACUCCAAGUUUUAGAGAAUUGCCCUAUUAAGGCUAUAAUAACUGAACAACGUCUGUAGCCUAUUUGGCAAUGUUUUUUUUUUUCUCCAAAUCAGUUAUUUUGGCCUAGUUUUUAAAUAUUCUUUACAAUUCAAUGUUUAGUGGAUAAUCACCACUGGUUUUAAGUUAUUUUUAUUUUUAGAAUAGAAAUUUGCAAUUUUAAACUUGUUAGCUUUUUAUUAUCUCUAGGUGAUGAUGUAGCCAAAAAUAUAACACUUCCUUAAAUUAAUUUAGCCUGUAAAAUAUGAUCAGCACAGGUCCACUCUAUUGAGAUACUUCUCCAGUUCAGUGUGUACGAUACAGUGUAUUGACUGAAGAGUUGUGUCAUUGAACUACAGCUCCUUGAAUUAUUUAGCUUGUAGGGGAUAUGCAGAGUUGGACACCCAGGCUUUGGUACACAGAGUUGUAAAAGACCUGGAGAGUUGUAUCUCAGUAAGUGAAAUGUUUUUCUUCCAAUCCCAUCUUAAAUAUGUAUAGUUUCCCUUAGAUGUCAGAUGAUCUGCAGUCAGUUGAGCUGCCACCACGUGGAUACAAGUAGUAUUGCAUUAUAGAGCCUAUCCACAGUGGAUACACCGGACAAGCUUCUCAAAGAUUGUUAGAUUAUUCCAUACACCGAGAUACAUCAUUAUUAAAAUCAGUGUGCAGUUACACAUCACCAUUACAGAUUGCACCAUAUUCAGUACCAGUUAAUCCUAAGUACCAUUGUUGCAUAUGUCCCAAUCAUUUAAAAUGAGUGGUUCUGUGUACAACAUAUACAUUCCUGAUAUCUUCACAUGUUAUGCUCGGUCCUAUGUUUAGCACAGGAUAUUUAUUAGGAGUUAGUAGAUUUAAAUUGCCAGUGGACAUCCAUUUUAUAAAUGCAUAGGCUUGAUGGACACGGUGAUUAUCACGCAUGUUGAUUUGAUAUUCUUCAUUAUCAUACAUUAUUGAUGUAUUUUAAAGGUAUCAUUAAGCAAUGUACAUUAUUAUUAAUACCCAUACUCUGGUUUUUACUCAGUUCAACGUCCUGCUUACAUGCACAGUUAUUUUACGAGGAGGGUUAUCUCAAUUUUAUCUUAAUGAGAUGAUUUCUGCUUUAAUAAAUGAAUGUCUGUGCACAUGGGACAGUCUGAACUGAAUGCCCAGCUGUGUAAGCCUGCAUAUAAUUAUACCUCUAUCCUGCUUAAAGCAGGUCUCUUUGUUUCCCAUCCCAGCGUGAGGAAUCGCCUUGUAAAUGAUUCUAAAUUUUGUUAUAUACAGUGGAGAUAAUUCAUCUUAAUACUGAUGUUUUUUUAAAACAAAUCUGUUGUUUUGGGGUUUUUUUAAUAUAUAUUUUAUAUGUAAUUCGUAUAAUUUUAUGUAUGCUGGUAGACUGUUUAAGGCUGAAUAAGAAGCAGUCAUUCACUAGAUUUUUUUGGGUUUUAGGUUUGGAACAGUUUAGCCUAUUAUUACCUUGGAAAACCACAUUUUAAUGGUUUAGAGUUAGACAAAUAAUCUUUUUAAUUAGUAGGGGUGUUUGUUUGGCCAUACCAGUGUGUGUAUAUGUGUUAAAAUGUUAUAUUUUAACUUUUUCAAUACAAAUUCUCAAAUUUGCCGUGAUGUUACUACUGCAAGGGAUUCUGGGUGUGCAUUUGCAAAUUAGUUCAAGAAAAAGGUGCAUGCGUGCGCACAUACACAUAUUGGAAUUGUGCAUCUUCGGUCCAUUAUUCUAACAUGCCCAUCACCCAUGCAGGGCUACAACACACAGUGACUUGGUUUUGCGAGCCACAAAGGCUGGAAUACAAUAUCGUGUCAUUCACAAUGCCUCUAUAUUAAGUGCAGUUGGAUGCUGUGGCCUUCAGGUGAGUAACGGAUUCUGCUAACCUGCAAAUUGCAUGCCUGACUUUAAUUCCUAUUUAAUAUUCUUUCUUCAUAUGUUUCUUAUACACGUGGACUGGGUAAUUGUCAGUGUGUCCCAGUCUCUUCCUCUGUAGCAUAUUCUGCAAAACUAUGAUUUGGUCAGUUAAUCAAGUCAAAGCCAGGGCAGCAUAUAUGCAAAUUGCGAAACUGACAUCAGUUGGCACAGAUGGAUAUUACUUUAGAACAUUGUGUUGCCCUUUUUUAAGAAUACUAUUAGCAAUCCGUAUCAAAUCAUAUGAAAUACCAGAAUUAUAUGUGACUGGUAUACUUUGUAGCUUGAAUGUAAAAAUAUUGAGAAAUGACUCAAUGAUUUAAAAAAAUUUUUUUUUUUAAACCCUUCCUAACUCCACUACAACGAAGUUCCCUAGUCAGCUCCAAAUGCCUCUAAGCACCCUUAUAUUUUUAUCUUUAUUUUGUGCCCGGACCGGAGUCCUAGGGUCUGCCAUCUUUGUGUGGGCAGAUGAAGGCCCUGUCGGACACGUAAUCUGCCCACACUAGAUAGCGCUGUAAAAUUCCUGCGCAUACCUAAUUAAACACUGGGGCAUUUGCUAUUGCCCGAAAUUCGGACAGGAAUUUCGUCAAUUCAUUCAGCAGAGAGACAAAUGAAUUAAUAGAAAUUUCAGACGAAAAAGCCCCCAUCCAUGAGCGGUGGAUGGGGGCCCUAAAUGUCAAUAAGGGGGACCUAGUGCCCCCCGGCCCCCUGCCAUGAGCGGUGGGUGGGGGCCCUAAAAGAGGGAGGGAGACCUUUUGUCCUGCCCCUGGCUCCCACCCAUGAGGGGCAGGUGGGGGCCCUAAAUUACAAUAAGGGGGGACCUAUUGUCACCCCCCAGACCCCUGCCAUGAGCGGCGGGUGGGUGCCCUAAAAGACAAUGAAGAGGGAGACCUUUUGUCCUCCCCCCUGUCAUACCCAUUAGUGGCGGGUGGGCGCCCUAAAAAACAAUGGGGGGAUAUUGUCCCCAGUAACACAGAGUCCGUAAUGGUUGUGGGUAAUUAGGGCAUAACCCUGCAUAGAAAUCAAUAAGAAGAUUAGUACGGACUAGUGAAAAACAAGCCCAAUACCAAUCCUAUUACCUACUAUUCCAACAUUGGAAUGAGAAAACCUUAAAAAUGUAUAAUUCACAACCUUAUGAAAUCCAUAUAAGGAUGAUACAAAAACACAUACACAAAACCAGUGCAAGAAAAAUGUGAUGAAGUGAAAAAAUAGAAAAUAAACAAAAUUGGACAAGCAGAUGGAUCCUAUAUAGAUAGUCAGAAUGCUUGGAAAUAGACUACAUAGCAGGUGAACGUAACCUGAGACUAUGUUGCAAAAUUGCAUACUAAUUGAGGUACAGUAGUCCUCAAUAACUCAUGAAGGAGGCAUCCAGCAUGUUCAAUUCUACCUCGAAAAAAGGGGGACAGACUACCAAUCACAGUCAAGCUUCAUUUUGAAGCUCCUCGGGUUUAUCCUUUCACACAACUAUUUCCUCUUACACAACAAAUGCAACCACCAGCUGCGGGGCACUGCGAUGGGGACAGCUUGUGCCCCAUUGUAUGCCAACCUGCACCUAGGUUGGUGGGAAGAGGUAGUCAUUAAUUCAGACAAAUGUUCAUCAUAUAUCCCCAUGAUACACCUUUGGGUCAGAUAUAUAGAUGCCAUUCUGGUUGUGUGGAAGGGUACGCUCGAGGAUUUUAAUCUGUUUGUAACACUUCUCCAUAUCAACAAUUUAAACUUGAGAUUCAUUUCUGAAUUCGGAGGUUCAACUUUGAACUUUCUUGAUAUAACAAUCUCGAUAACAAGUCAAGGAACUGUUCAAACUACCCUUUUCAAAAAACCAACAGCCUCCUAUACUGGAAUAGCUUUCAUCCUAGGCCCCUGAGGCAUGGCAUACCCACUGGCCAAUACUUCAGGGUUCGUAGAAAUUGCAGCACUAUUGAGGACUUCAAAAAUAAAGCUAGGGUCCUAAGGCAGCAAUUUAAGGAUAAGGCCUACCCCAACAAAUGCAUCAAAAAAGAUUAUAGAAGAGCUCUGGAGGCUUAUAAAAGUGUUCUACUUGGUAGUCACCCUCCUGAUCAAUCUACGUAUUCACAAUGUAUGAUUACAUCUUAUGAUGCAGGCUGGGAUUGGCUGAAACAAGGUAUUCAAAAGUUUUGGCCUCUUCUAACUGAAGAUAUACACCUCAAACAACCACAUUAACAUCACGGCACGUAGAGGUAGAAACUUGAGAGAUGUUCUAUCUCCUAGCCAUUUUCAACUCCAACAUUUUAUCCAACAAACUUACCUUAUUAGUCCCCUCGUGGGUUCCUUCAGGUGCGGGCGAUGUGAGAAGCGCGGAAGCACCUCUAGUGGCUGUCACCUCUAGUGGAUAGCAGUUCUCUGAAACUGCUAUGUUUACAGCAGACAGGGUUAACCCUAGAUGGACCUGGCACCCAGACCACUUCAUUGAACUGAAGUGAUCUGGGUUCCUAUAGUGGUCCUUUAAGGUUUUCUUAUGCCAAUGUUGGACUAGUACUUUAAUAAGGAUAAUAGGAUUGUUAUUGGGCUUGUUUUUCACUAGUCUGUACUAAUCUUCUUAUUAAUUACUAAUGCUAAGUAAUGUUCACUUAGUAUUAGUAAAGUUGGCUGAAAGACCAAUCGGGGCCUUUCAGCCUUUUGGUAGAUAGCUCCCUUAUACCGUGCAAGAUGCAGCCACGGCUCAGAUUGGAUCAGAAUUUCAUUCAUUUGUAUGAAAUUUGUAUGAGAUUCCAAUCCAAACAAAGUCCCGAAUUGCAUCCUAACAUGAAUGGCCAAACUGUUCUCAUUCUGUUAGGACGAAAUUGUGAGAUCACGGAGGAAAGGGUGAGUAUUGUGGUAAAAUUUCUCUGACCCACUUAAGUUGGUCAAGCGUAGGAAAAUUGCAUAAGACAAAGUAGUCCCUACUUUGUCUUAUAUUUUAAAUAAAAUUAGAGCAGAUAUGAAAAAAAGAAAAGAUCCCUAGAGAGGGAGAGAAGAGGAAGCGAUUAGGGAAAGAUACGUUUGGCAUGACAGUGUAGACCCACGUACAGUUUCCACAUUUUAGUGAGCCACAUGAGUGUAUAACCUCCAGAACACUCUGUGUGCAUCCACUACUUGGGAUCAGGUUGAGAAGGAGAGAAUAAAUCAAGAAAAUCCUAACCGGGCAAGGAUGUCUUUGGCAAGCAUCCCAUAGCUUUGUAGAGAAUACAAUUAAGCAAAGAGAAUUUCCGUGCUCAGCAACGAAGAAGAGAAGUGCCUCAGUGUCAUGUGCUGGUAUUUUUCUGGGUUUAAAGGUGUUUCCUGUUUAUAGAAUGCAGCUUGAAUUUACACAUUCAGGACUUGACCGGGUUAGUUAUUAAAGACACAGUUCCAUCCAUAUUUAGCAGGUGAACCAUAGAUAAACCACAGCACUUUAUAAGAAAAGAAGUGAGCAAUCAUUUUAACUGCCUAGUGCAGUUUUAUUUAAAGUUUUACUCACAUUUUGUUUGAUGGAUUCUUUACCCUUUGAUUUUGUCCAGCCAUUACAAAUUAAAUUAUUCUGGGUGGAAGUCAAGGUUUAAAUAAGGGUGUACAGCAGACUAGUCUUUUAGGUCAGUGAUUUCCAAACUGGUUGUCAAGGCUUACAGUCCUAGUUUUGUCAGUAUCCCUACUGGGGAACACCUAAAUCAUGGAUGGAAACUGUAAAAAUGCAUUUGCUCAAAGUCAUCCUAGUUUUGAGAAGCAGUUUCAAAACAGUGAGUGGGAGUGAGAACGUUCACAUUUGCAGUGUAGUGAAAUCCAUGGAUAUGGGGUAGCAGGAAGAUUUGAUCUGAGGUGGAGAAUAUCAGAUAGUUAGGAUUACUUUGUAAUAGAUGUUAUAGAAGAAUGCGUAAUUUAAAGGGACAGUAUAGUCACCAGAACAACUAAUUGUUCUGGUGAGUAUAGUCAGUCCCUGCAAGCAUAUAUGAAUAUGCUUGCAGGGACUGUCUAUACUCACCAGAACAAAACACUGUCUUUUUAGAAAAAAGUGUUUACAGUGUUUAUAUUGCCCCCUAGGGAUACCUCAAGUGGCCACUCCUCAGAUGGCCACUGGAGGUUCUUCCUGGGGCAGUGCUGCUCAGUGUGCAGCACUGCCUUUCAGCGUCUCCACACUCCCUAUGGGAAAGCAUUGGAUUGUCUGAAAUCAUCAAUUUUGAUGUCCACCAAGGAGGCGGGUCAGUGGCGGGGUCUGCACCGGUGGACUUUCACAGCGCUGGAAAUAUGGUGAGUUUUUUAAUGGGUGAUAAGCCACCAAAUUGUGGUUUUAACACUAGUGGGUCAGGAAUACAUGUUUGUGUUCCUAACCCUAUAGUGUUUCUUUAAAGUGAUAAUAUAGGCAUUAAAACAACUAGGUUCAUGAAGCAGUUUUAGUGUAUAGAUCAUGCCCCUGCAGUCUCACAACUUGGUUUUUGUUUUUAAAUGUUUUUUUAUUUUUUUUGGUGCCUUUAAUGUAACAUUAACCAUGCUCGCAAUCUAGCGGCAAAAUUCAGUCAAUAUUGUUUUCUAAACUACGUGUAUCCUUAACAAGAUCACAAUCAAAAAAUGACAAAACAUUUUGUCUGUCUUCUUUUUUUUUUUUUUUUUGCUAAAAAUUUAUUGGCUGAGAGUGUUCAGAUAACCUGCCCCAGCCAAUGAAUGACUUAGAGACUGGACAAAAUUGAGAACACAGAAAUGUUAAUUCCACAUUAUCAAUGACGGAUCCCCGUCUAGGACCUUGUUUUCUUUAAAAUGGACAUGUAAAAACAAUUGAGAGAUUGAAUGUAAGGGAUGAAAGAAAGGGAAGAGUCAAGUUUGACCAUUGAUUAGUACUUGGUAAAUUGUGAAAAUCUCAUAAGUAAUGAAGGGAGAGUAUUAUGGAGGAAGUGUAGAGAGGUAUAGUGAAUUGUUUUCUUGUAAAAUAUACACACGGAUAUGGCAUAAUUAGGGGUUAGUAAUGAAAUAAAUAAGGGUGAAAGAUGAGAAUAAGAAAGGAUAGUUGUGUCUGUGUGUCAUUUGUCUAAAGGGGGAAUUAGAUGCCGAGUUAUGCCAAGGCUGCCAAAACUAAGAUGUGUUAAGAUUUAAGAAUAAAGGUUAAGGACUGAUCCAUGUGGAACGGACAUCCUGAGUUACCAGAUGGAAACAGACAAUUACAAAUGCAAUUAGACAUGAUGAGAACAGCGCAGGAUCAGUAUCAUGGGUGUAUAAGUAUUUUUCUCCUUACUACAUCUUAGAAUACUCGGUAUAUUAAACUUUUGCGUGCCAAUGGUAUUCAGUGCAAUCUCUAUCUGUUUAUCUCUGGCCGCACAUUGCAAUAAAGCGUUUCCUGAACACUCACUCACUGCUCUAAUAUCUUUAUUGAACCCUAUUUUAAGAUGUGAAUAGAAUGGGUUUAUUUUGGUGUUAUACAAGUUUAUACAAGUGAAUGUAAGGAAGUGUAAUUUUACAACUGUGCCCUGUAUCAAAUAUCCCUGGAUUUCUUCUCCUCCUUACUCCCCUCCUUUCAGAACACAAUACAAAUCUACAAAGAGCAUUGCUAAAAAUCUAAUUAAAGAAUCUACAUAACAACAAUCCUCAAACACAUUCUUACAAAAUCUGAUGCUACGUAUAUGUGAUUUGAUGUUGAUUGCAUUUUAGGCAUGUAUCCGUCACAUUAAAUGGUUACAUUCCAUUUUUAUUUUCAUAGUGUGAAAAAUGUUUUCUAUACCAUUUACGCUCUGGUUGUAAUUAACACCUGCUUAUUUUGUUCCAGCUCUAUAACUUUGGGGAGACUGUUUCUAUUGUCUUCUGGACAGACUCAUGGAAGCCUGAGAGUUUUUAUGACAAGAUCAGGAGGAACAGACUGAGUGGGAUGCACACACUUUGUUUACUAGGUGGGAAGGUUUCUGAAAAAUCUAGAAGUGUGACAUUGCUUCGUUUAUUGUUCUGUAUGCUUGCAGGGCUAUUCACUAAACUCCAAAUUUGGCAAAAUCAAUCAGAAUGCCAAAGCUGAGGCUACAAUAUCCAAGCUCUGACUAUAGUUGAUGUACUUUUUUCAUAUCGGCUCCUUUAGACUGAGAUUUGUCAUUUUAUAUUUAUUUGCUAAAAUUCUGAGCUUAGUGAAUAACUCUGCUUUUGAGAAAUCAGAGUCCUAAAACCGGUAACACCUUUUCAUUGGAUGCUUUUCAUCUGCUGUCUACGCAUAAUCAUUUGAGAUACAGGAUCAAAGAUUUAAAAAAAAAUAAAAAAAUUGUAUAAGCCUUUUGUCAAUUAUCCUUUCCUACUUGUCCUGCAGAUAUAAAAGUGAAGGAGCAAUCCAUUGAGAAUCUUAUGAAGUGAGUAUCUUGGGUGUUUGUCAGACCACAUCAUGUCUGGUGGUUUGAGCUUGCUGAACUGCUUUAGGAUUAAAUCUCCUUUUAAUGAAUCCCUUUCGUAACAAAUGCGGUCUCUCAGCCAGACAGCAGGGAGGGUUUUCCUGCCUCACUCCCUUGGAAAUAUAGUAUAGCAGUGAGGGCUUCACUUACCUCUGUGCUUCUGACACAUACAUUACAUAAUUUGUUGUAAUACAGCUUUAUGAGAAGUGUGUAAUUAGCCAGUUGAGCACAUACACUAUUUGUCCAUAUUGGACAAUGUCCAGCAAAGUCAGGAAAAUAUGUGCUGAACAAAAGGGGUUUUGUUCAGAAACCAAUGUCAGCUAGCUCUUUUUCAUACCCCCCAAAAAUCAUGCAUAGCAUUGAAUGCUCAUUUUCUACUGGUAUAUACUGGCAAAUGGUUGAAUUUGAUAUAAAUAUUUAUUUUUCAUUGAGCCUUCCUUUUUAAGUGAAAAUAUCUGUACUUUUAUCAUUGGUACUGAACCUAUAAUGUUAUCAGUGACAAAAUGAUUGGGGGAGAACACAAUACGUAGGAAAAAUGGGACUGUGUGUGUGUGUGUGAGCCAAGUGAUUUAAGAUAUCAGUAGUGGCUAUUGAGCAUAUGUACAAAUUAAAUGUACAGCUGAACUUCCUACAGGAGUUUAUCCUGGAUUCUUGUUUAGUUCACAUAACACAUAAAGUUGGCAUGCCUAAUAAUUCAUUAUUUCAUUCUCUGAUUGCAGGGGUAGGAAAAUUUUUGAACCACCCCGUUAUAUGACAGUGAAUCAGGCAGCAGAGCAGCUUAUGGAGAUUGUCCAGAACAGGAGGAAGCUUGGCGAGGAACUGGGUAAGGAUACAGUGAACUUAAAAUUGGAUACUUUUUCUACACACCUUAUUACAUUCCUACUAAUGCUCACUUGAAUUUCAUUUUAAAGGAAACUGUCACAUCUGGGUGUUUCACUUUUUAUUUUAAAAUGCCAUACUGAACAUUACACAUUAGGACACCCCACCCCUGUAAUAGUGAAAAUGAAACUGUAAACGUGCCUGGAAUCCAGAAGCUCCACUCGCAUUUGACAUUUGGUAGCACCGUUUUACUGGGUUUGAGUGAAUGCAUGCGCUCUGAGCCUGGAGUGCGGGAACAAAGGCAGGUGAUUUAAAAAGGUUGUAGUAACCUUUUGACAACUGUGUUCUAAAAAGGCACAGAGGACUAUGCAAAUUAACCAACCUUUUCCCGAAGCUGAAGAGAACUGUCUGUGGAUUCUCACUCGCUUGAAAUUUGUACCUUUUUUUUUUUUUGUCAAUCUUUGUUUUAUUGAGACAACAUAAGCAUAAUGCAGAAAGAAGAAAAUGGCGUUAUAUCAGCAAGAAUAUUUCAGAGAUGAAGUACAUAUUGACAAUGACAUAAUCUUGUAUGAAAGACUGCCUAAUUUUUAUGAAAAAUUCGAAUAGGAUCGUUGCCAAGCUAAGCACAAGGAAAUGCCAAUAAUAUCAUGGUGUCAGAAGUGUGAGAGAUUCCAGGAACAAUAAAUAAAUUAAGCUUAACAUGGUGAAUACUAACAGGCUUGAACCUCUGAGACCAUAUAUAUCAAUCAAACAUCAUAAAAAUAAAUGUAAAAGGGAAAAUGAAGUGCAAUAGCUGCUGUUAAGGCGAGGGCGCAGUAUCUGGUGGAUAUGGCAGUUCACUUGGAGACAGCCACCCAAUUCCUUGAGUGGGUAGGGAGCGUGAGUAAUGUCCCUGUCCACCUGAAUGGGUCACAAAUUGGAGCCCGUAUGAGGCACUCCUCCAUGAGCCAGUGCCACUAAUCCACAGACUCUGUGACUUCCUGAGAUCAGGGCCUUAUGCCACUGCCUUUGGAGGUGUCCAAUGUUUCUCCACACGCUUUGGGUGGCAUGCAAGGGUCUGCUUGUGCAGAUUAACGAAAGGCAUGCUUGAUUAAAUAUUGAGCAUGCAUAUUUAAUGAUUUACCUAUGAAACAUAAUAUCUGGACUAGGGUUGGCCCAUAAUCUCAGCAAUUUUAAUAGUUGUAAAGACAUGAAUGAGAGUGAUUUUCUGCAAUAAAGCAAAAUUAAACAAAAGUUACAAAUUAUUUUUUUGCCAGUAUCUCUAUAUAGUUUCUGAUGCAGAAGAACAUUAAUUCAGUAAUACAUACACAUUGUAUUCAUGUUUAAACAUCUUACAUGGGUUGACAGGGCAAUAAUUAGCUUAAUCAACCUUGUAAUGAUUUGCACACUUGAUAACAUCUAAAGUGCUUGCUGUAGGGUUUAUUGCUCUGAUGUGUAUUACUGUGAGGUUAAAAUGUCCUUUUGCUCUUUUCAGACACAUGCUUCUGAAUUUGAGUUUACCCAUCGCACUCACUAACCACUUGAAUUGCAUAGUCUCAAUUCAGUGGGAUUUAUUCACUAAAGUUGGAAUGCUAGUGAAUUUACAAAUUAAAGGCCAACAUAGCCAAAUGUGCCAAACUAUUUUCACUUGUUCCGUUUAAGCCUAAAAUGUGUAUUAAUUUUGUACUGGCUAUAUUAAUGGCAAAAAUAGUAAUAAGAUUAUUAAUAAUAAUAAUAAUAAUAAUAAUAAAGCAACAUUGUUCUUUAUAGCCAUGGUAAUUAUGCCCCUCUCUAAUCAGAUUUAAUACAUACUAAAGUUUAUGUAAAGGCCUGGAGAGGUUCUUUAGAAAUUACAGACCAACAAUUCCCAACAACCUUUGCAAACUGUGACAUGGUAGAAGUUUGCUUAACACAAGGUAUCACCUGGCUAUUUAAUCCUAAACCAAAGCAGAAUACAGUCUGCUUUAUAUAAAGUGAGGAAAUAUCUCUGUGUCCCUCUUGUUUAAAAAAAAGCUUUCACUCACUUCAUGCGCAAAGCAGUUAUUUGUAGAAGAUGUAUAAUAUCUAUUUUCUCAUUGAACUUCAAAAAUGCAUAAAUCAUGCAAAAUAUGUUCGUGUCUACAGCAGUUUUGGUGUAUAGAUCCUGCCCCUGCUGUCUCACUGCUCAGUUCUCUGCCAUUUAGGAGUUAAACUACAGCUCUAGUUACACCUUACAUGUGACUCACACAGCCUUACUAGACACUUCCUAUAAAGAGAGAUCUAAUGUUUAAACUUCCUUUAUUGCACAGUAUGUUUAGUUUAGAAUGUAUCUCCUACUCUGUUAAUGGCUUGCUAGACCUUGCAGGAGCCUCCAGUGUGUGAUUAAAGUUCAACUUAGAGAGCAAGCGAUAAAGUUCUAGAGCAAGUUAACAUCUGAUUGAAAAUAAAAAAUGUUUAUUUCAUGCAAGUUGUUUUAAUGCCUAUAGUGUACCUUUUAAUGUCCACCCAGUUGUGGUGAGGUAAAUGCAAAUUGUACAUCCUGGGUGUGUAUGCCAAAUCCUGAAGUAACACACCAACACCACACAGGAUGUCUGCUGCAACAGACACAAUAACUGUUUCUUAGCACCUCACCCACCAGAAGGGCUGAGCUGACCUGACCUCUGUUACUGUGGAAGCAUUCUCACAGAUAUGGAUUUAUUAAAGACUGAAGCAGUGACUCAGGAUAAGAUGUCACUUCGUAUUCUAGCUCACGUGGUGACAGCUUUUUUUCUUGCUGUCUUAUCUUCAGAUGAACUGUGUGAGGCAUUGCAAAGCCAUUUUGCAAGCAAUUAGGCCAAAAUAGUUGCAGUGGGAAAAUUCUUGAACUCCUUGUGAUUACCAGCUUUGCUGUUUUCACCUGAAUUUCACAAAUUAUUUUUUAGUGACAUUUUCUUUUCACUACAGUUCACUGUUAAAAGAAUUGGCGCAGUUAGGUAUGAGCGAUAGCCUCGCAUUGCUUUCCUGUGGAAAAGAAUUGGAUUGGCUGAGAUCAUCAAAAUUGAUGAUCUAAGCACCGGUGGCGAGCCAUGGCGAGAUUGAUGCAGUGUGGGAGAAAAAAUGAGUAACGCCACGUAUAAUCUCUGGAGAGAGGUGGGCCAGGGACCUAAUGUUGCAUUUCAGCACUGUAGUGCCAAGAAUACAUGUUUGUGUUCCUAACUCUAUAGUGUUCAUUUUUUUCAAUUUUUAUUCUUUUGGGGUACAGAAAAGAAAAAGGGGAUUAUAGUGUUCCUUUAAGAUCUCUGUCCAUAGUUGCUUUUUGUCUUCGGAAUUUGGCUGAUUUUCACUAAGGGUGCGACAAAUUUGUGAUCCCAAAAUUAGCGAGUUAAUUACUCACUAAAUAGUCUUACUCUCAUGGCAAUAUUUCUGGUUGUUGUUACAUCUGUAAAAAUUAUCUGUGUUGCAAUUUCUUUCUGCUGUUACUUGUCCUCAGACUUUCUUCUUUGAUUAUAAUGUGGUUCUCAGCAUAUUACCUAUGUUUGUAACUACGGUUCUAUCAUCUACCAAUAUUGCCCACAGAAUAGUCCUACCUACUUUUUCUCAUAAUCCCAAAUCUGUUGGCUUGAAAAUUACAUUGCCUAGACUUAAAAAGGAUCAUGGUUAAAUAUUCUGAAGCUAAUCUAUACCUGUCUGUAAAACAUUAUUAUCCUUUUGUAGGCUCUUGUAAAUGUUGUAUGGUCUCUAAUUUUACCGGGGUCAACAAAAGCCAUAUCUAUGUCAUACCUGCUCAAUAAAACAGAAGCCAAUCUUGUUAACCUCCAAGAAACAUUUUAGUUAUUCUACAAAUAUAAAAUAUGUUUGUUUAAUUGAUAUUUGAUUCUGCUUUAUGGUUCUGAGCCCCCCAAAAUGCUGAGUGCUGAAAAUAAUUUUGCCUGAAGUUCUGUUAAUGUUCCGCUACACCCUGGUUUGAUGUUCUUGCUUAGACCAACAUUGUAAUAAGAUUUACACAUAAAGUGUAAUUGCUGAUCAUGUACUUAAGCCUCUGAUAUUUAUAUUAUUUAUUUAUUUUUGCAUCGCCAGCUAUUACCGAAAACACGAUCUGUGUAGGACUGGCAAGAGUGGGGGCGUGUGACCAGAAGAUUGCAUCUGGGACUCUGCAGCAGCUGUGCAUGGUUGAUUUAGGAGGUCCCUUACAUUCCCUAGUGAUCAGUGGCUGCAUGCAUCCUCUAGAACUGGACAUGCUUAGACAAUUUGCCGUGGACCCUUCCAAUUUUGAUCAGAUAAAUGUAGAGGACAGUUCUACAUAUCUGUCUGUGUAG